AGCACGCCAUUCAUAGCUCUUUAUUCAGUUGUUGUGGUAGUUUAUGGAAUUUUUAAAUUUCUUUGUUGAAUCCCUGUAGGCAAUUCUUUGCAAUGUUAUUCACAAGAACAAAAAGUCCGUUAGCACUGAAAUACUUUAAAAGUAUAAGAACCUUUAUGGUCGCCCCAGGCGCAUGGCCGGCGGAAAUAUUCGGAGAGAAGAUUUCGGUGCUCGUGAUAUUUCACAGGGCGACUCUACCGUACCACACGAGCCUCAUUGUCGUCGGAAAAUUUUACUACAUAUGGAUGCACAUGGAUGAGUUAAGUUUUCUCGAUUUGGGACAUAUGAUUAUAACAGCGCUUUUAGGAACACUAACAGCGGUCCGAAGUAUACUACCACCGUUGCAGAACUAUCAUAUGUUGCUGUUAAAAUUUAUAAAUGUGAUGCAUUUGAUGCAUUCCACAAAUAAAGGACGGUAUUACAAUCAGAUGAACGAUACUGUCGACAAAGUUUGUUCUUAUUAUACAAAAUUUUCGUUAGUAAUAACUUUUUUUUCUUGCUUGAUGUUUAACUUUAUACCAUUCUAUAAUAAUGUUACAAACGUAUUUAUUUUUAAAACUGAAAACUACACUUUGGAAUUUGCUUUAUAUUACCAAUAUCCCGGAAUUGACCCGAGCGAUUACUUCACGAUUACAUCGAUAUACAAUGUCUAUCUGUCGUACAAUUGCGCUAUUAUGGUGUUUGGACUAGAUUUAAUAUUGUUUUUAAUAAUUUUCCAAAUAAUCGGGCACGUGUACAUCCUGAGAUACAACCUUGAGAACUUUCGGUGGCCAAAAAAUAAAGUGGUUUUCAAACUAGGGGAUAUUUUAAAAUACAAAAUGAACGAGAGCAUCACUUCCGAAAUGUUUGACGCUGAAGAAAACGAAGAAGUGCGUUUUAAAUUGGCAGAAUGCAUUGAACAUCAUAAAGAAAUAAUUGGGUAUGUUGUUGUUAUUAAUGUUGGAAUAACCCUUUAUGGGGAUUCACACCGAAAUGAAUUCACACCACAACGAAUGUUGCCUGAGAUAAAGUCUCCGGCACAGAUCUUGAGCGCAGAGGGAAUGUUUUGAUUAUGUUUAGGAAUAUUUGCAAAGGUAGUCCCAGUAGCGACAAAUUACAACACUUUACAUUUUAAAUUAACGUUUCUCAAAGCAAACCCAACUCAUUGGCCGAGCGCUCAAGAUCCGAAUACCUGACUUUGAUUUUAAACACUUUCCAAAAGAGGCACAAGUGCAACUCUAUAAUAUCUCUGGUAAUACAUA